AUGCCUUCAACCAUGAAGGCGUGGCUCUACAGCAGCGCCUCGGGAGGCCUAGAAAAAAAUCUGAAGCUCGAAACCGCAGCGCGCACCCCGGGAACUCUCCAACAAAAUGAGGUCCUAAUCCAGGUGAUUUCUGCCUCUAUAAAUCCCGCCGACUACAAGGUGCCUGAGAUGGGCCUUCUGUCCAAAGCCAUCGUCACAACACCCGCAAGCCCCGGUAUCGACUUCGCCGGGCGAGUCGUGAUCACCGGGCCCGCCGUCAAGGAGUUCAAACCCGACCAACUGGUCUAUGGAUCGCUCGGGAAACCAGCCCAGUUUGGCCCUCUGGCCGAGUACCUCGUCUGCAAGGAGAGCAACAUCGUGUCUCUCCCGGAAGGCGUUGAUCCCGACCAUGCAGCAACGGUGGGUGUGGCGGGCCAGACCGCAUACCAAGCCAUCGCGCCGUAUGUGUCGGCCGGCGAUAAGGUGUUCAUCAAUGGUGGAUCGGGGGGCUGCGGGAUCUUCGCGAUCCAGGUUGCGAAGGCGCUAGGGUGCUAUGUUACGACGACCUGUUCGACUCGCAAUGUGGAAUUCUGUAAAGACCUAGGCGCGGAUGAAGUCAUCGAUUAUACUUCCGAGGAUAUAUUGACCGUUCUCAAGAGUAAAGGUCAAGUAUAUAGUCACGUCGUGGAUCAUGUUGGCACUCCCGAUAACUUGUACAAUGAGUGCCAUUCAUUUCUGCUCCCGGGGAAGGCAUUUAUUCAGGUCGGUGCCGGGUCGAUGCUGACCUUUGCGACUCGUUUGGUUCGACCGAGUUUCUUGGGUGGUGGGCAGAGGAGAUACAUCCCUAUAAUAACUCAAGUGAGCAAGGGGGAUCUGACCCAGAUGGGUGAGUGGAUUCAGCAAGGGAAAGUCCGUGUUGUUCUUGAUAGCACGUAUGAAUUUGACGACGCCGUUAAGGCAUUUGAGAAGCUCCGAACAGGAAGGUCGAGGGGCAAGAUUGUUAUCCAUGUCUCGGAGAAGCCUUGGAGCUAA